AAUAAUUACUUAAUGAAAUAUACGAAUAUAAUAAGUAAUAUAUUUGAUUUGUUUGACUUUGACUAAUUAGUCCCAUUCUCUCCCUUGUCCCACCAUGUCGCCGUCGCCUCCUCCGCCGUCUCCGCCACCUUCCGCCAUUGAUGCACUCAUGUCCGGCGCUCGAGCAGCCUCCAAGAAGAAACAUCCUCCGAUCGAGAAGAAACGUAAAACUCCCCACUCCACCUCCCAAAACCCUAAAAACCUCAAAACCCUAAAAACUCUUCAAAAACCGGAAAAACCCGCCGCCGACCGAGAACCGCCGAAAAAUAUUCUCCACAAAGCACCGUCAUCAUCAUCAUCAUCAUUAUCUUCUACUUCCAAGGAAUUGAUCGCCGAUUUGAAAGAACGUGUUUUGCUGCUGAGUAAUAGUCCAUCGAAGUUCAAUCCUUGCACGGUUGCAUACUGGGAGAAAGGAAAACCAGUGCCAUUCCUGUUUCUCUGUUUGGCAUUCAAUCUGAUCGGUGAAGAGGAUGGGAGAAUUAAGAAGACGGAGAUUGCUUGCAAUCUUUUGAGGACUGUGAUUCACGCUACACCUGAGGAUCUCUUGCCGAUCGUUUAUCUCUUCUCCGGCACUCUUGCUCCACCACAGGAAGGGUUAGAAUUGAGAAUCGGAGAACCUACUAUUAACACAGUGAUCGCAGAAGCUUAUGGUACCACUGAGAAACGCAUCAAAGAGUGGAUAAAGGAGGAUAAAUUGGAAUUGGAGUUGGUUGCACAAAGUCGCCGUUUGUCUCAGUCUAUGCUGCGGAAGCCUGAGUCAUUGACUGUUAGGAAGGUUUUCAAGACCUUUCACCUUAUUGCCAAAGAAUCGGGAAAAAACAGUCAAGAGAAGAGAAAGAAUCAUAUAAAGUCACUUCUUUUUGCUGCAACUGAUCGUGAACCUGUAUAUUUAUACCGUUUGCUAAAGAAAGACUUGAACAUUAAAUGUGAUAAGCAAACUCUCUUGUCUGCAUUGGGCCAUGCUGCAGUGUACACUGAAGAGCAUUCAAAAGUGCCUCCUGAAAUUCAGUCUCCUUUAGAAGAGGCUGAAAGUAUUGUUAAAGAAGCAUAUUCUGUUUCUCCUGACUUCAACAAAAUAGUAUCUGCACUUCUUACGGAUGGUGUAUGGCUACUUCCAAAGAAAUGUAGUUUUACUGUUGGUGAUCCUGUUCAGCCUAUGCUGGCAAAACCAAUCAAUUGUGUAUCUGAUGCUCUAACGAAAUUCAAGGAUAUAGAGAUUGCAUGUGAAUACAAAUAUGACGGAGAGCGUGCUCAGAUACAUUAUAUGGAGAAUGGCUCAGUUGAGAUUUACAGUAGAAACUCAAAACGGAUCACUGGGGAGUUUCCUGAUGUUGUUGCUGCAGUUUCCAGGUUAAGGAAAACAAAUGUUUCUUCAUUUGUUCUUGACUGUGAACUUGUUGCAUAUGAUCGUGCAAAGCAGAAAAUCCUUCCUUUGCAGACACUUAGUUCUCGGGCUCGUAAAGAUGUAAAUUUGAGUGACAUAAAGGUUGAUGUUUGUAUAUUUGCAUUUGAUUUGUUGUUUCUUAAUGGACAAGCACUUCUUCAGAAGAACCUAAAAACCCGUCGAGAGUAUCUCUAUGCCUCUUUUGAGGAGGAAUCUGGAUUUCUUCAGUUUGGAACAUCAUUAACAUCAAACGAUGCCAAGGAAAUUCAGAAAUUUCUUGAUCAAGCUGUGAGUGCAAGUUGUGAAGGGUUAAUUUUUAAACCAUUAAGUAAAAGUGCUACAUAUGUAACUUCCCAGAAGUCGCGCAUUUGGCUAAAACUGAAGAAAGACUAUCAGGAUAAGAUAGGGGACACACUAGAUUUGGUACCUAUUGGUGCUUACUAUGGGCGUGGGAAACGUAAAGGAGUCUACGGUUCCUUUCUCCUAGCUUGCUAUGACAACGAAAAUGAAGAAUUUCAAGCUAUGUGUAACAUAGGAACAGGAUUCACUGAUGCAAAGCUUAAAGAACUUUUUGAUAUCCUCCGUUCUAAAGUGAUUAUGAAGCCAAAGGCAAACUAUCGAUAUAAUGCAGAAAAAACCAAACCUGAUGUCUGGUUUGAAGACAGUGAGGUCUUUGAGGUGAAAGCUUCAGACCUGACCUGUAGUUUGGAAUACCAAGCUGCUAUAGGCUUAGUAUAUUCGGAUAAGGGCAUAUCUCUUCGAUUUCCACGUUUAGUUAGAGUUCGUACAGCUAACAAAGCCCCUGACCAAGCCUCAUCCUCUAAGCUGGUUGCUGAAAUGUAUAAAGCUCAAGCACAAAAACAAGAAUCACACGGACAAUCCAAGAUGACGAAUAAAGAUGAAGAUGAAUCACAUGAACAAUCCAAUAUCAUGGAUGAAGAUGAAAAUGAAGAUGAUUGAUGGAAAGAUUCUGCCAUGGGUUCAAACUAAUUUUCAUUCUUAUUUUUCUGAUUUUUUGUAUUUAUUCUUUUUUUAAGGUUCUGCCAUGGAUUCAAACUAAAUAUCAUUCUUAUUUUUCUCUGAUUUUUUCCAUUUGUCAAUUUAUGCUAUUCUCUGAACAUAAGAGCUUUACUUGAUUUGAUUAAAAUUUUCUGUGUUCAUCAAAACAUGUUUCUUUCAUCAGAGUGUUUUAUUGAUUUCAUGGCACAAAACUAGCAAAAAUACCCAAUGUAAAUGAGUGCAUAUAGAAAUAGACUAAGACAGUGCAUGAAAUCAAUGUAACAAGAUUUGAUUACAAUUUAAUUAAGAUAUGAAAUGCAACAAUCCUUCAUAAUAAUAUUGCCAGAACAAAACAAGGAAUUGCAAGAAACCAUACAUA